AUGCCCCACUUCCUACUUUGGGGAGAGAAAAAGAAACGAGAUAAUUGUUUCUGGGGGUACAUUUGCAAUGGGUUUUUUUCCAUCCAAUCUCAUUGCAAUCAUUUGGCAAAUGGUAAUCAAUUGGAAAAUCCUUUUUCGGCGGUAGUGUGCUUCUUUGCGAACAGUAGCGCAAGCGUGCGCACAUAUACUUACGAUCCAUUUGUCGUCCCGUUCAUUUCUUUUGUUGGGACACGCAGAUUUUUGGUGUUUGAGCUAGCUAAACUAAUGAAAUGCUCACGACUAUGGAAUGACUUUCUCCGAGAGUCCCUUUCUUCUGGAGUGUUAAUCCAGAUUUAG